AUGCCAUUUGGGGAUGCCUUGCAGCAGAUGCCGCUCUACACCAAAUUCAUGAAGGACAUCCUCACCAAGAAGGGGAAGUAUAUUGACAAUGAAAGCAUUAUGGUAGGAGGCAACUGUAAUGUAGUGAUACAGAGGAAGCUGCCUAAGAAAUUUAAAGACCCCGGGACCAUGACAAUCCCUUACACCAUAAGGAAUGAGUCAGUAGGGAAGGCUCUCAUUGACUUAUGGGCAAGCAUCAACUUAAUGCCCCUGUCAAUGUGUAGAAGAAUUGGAAAUCUGAAGAUAGACCCUACCAAGAUGACGCUCCAGCUCAUUGACCAAUCAAUCAUGAAACUGUACGGGGUAGUGGAAGAUGUCCUAGUCAAAGUCUACCACUUUACUUUCUCGGUGGAUUUUGUCAUCAUGGACAUAGAAGAAGAUGCAGAGAUUCCUCUUAUCCUAGGCAAACCCUUCAUGCUGACUAUCAAUUGUCUGGUAGAUAUGGGGAAUGGUAAUCUGGAAAUGAGUGUCGACGACCAAAAGGUAAACUUCAACCUUUUCGAAGCAAUUAAAUACCUAGGGGAAGAUAGAAGGUGCUUCAAGGUGGAGGAGGUCGAUAAAAAAGACGUUGGUGCUCUCCCACACAAAAUUCAUUGGAGAAAGUUUUUAUCAAUGUUGUAG